GAAGAGCUCGGCUUUUCUCUGGCCAGACACAAGUGGAGGAGUAGAGUGCGGUCCGGGGUAGGGUGCUGUAGCGGUCCAGAGAGACGGGCGGUGAGACAGUGCUUGAGCUGAGGACCUAAUGAUCUGUGGGAGUACGCAUAGAGAGGGAAGAACAGAGGAAAUCUCUCAACGGUGUGAACUGGACUUUUGGGGAAAUGGAACGUGGCAAGGAGGCUGCAAUGGGAGAGACUCUUUGUGAUUCUGCAACCUAAACUGGAUAAGAGAAAGAAAGAGAGAAAGAAAGAAAAUGCUGCGCUAUUGGGGCGAGAUCCCAGUUUCCUCCAGUCAAGCCAACCGCAGCUCCUUUGAUUUACUUCAGCGGGAGUUUCGCACUGUGGAGGUCCAGGAUCCACCAUUACAUCAGCCUUCAGCCAAUAAACCCAAGCCUACCACCAUGCUGGACAUCCCCUCAGAGCCCUGUAGCCUCACCAUUCACACUAUCCAGCUCAUCCAGCACAACCGACGGCUGCGCAGCCUCAUUGCCACAGCUCAGGCACAGAACCAGCAGCAAGUAGAAGGCAUAAAGAUGGAAGAAAGUGAGCCAUUGCCAUCCUGUCCUGGCUCCCCUCCGCUCCCUGAUGAGUUGCUUCCCUUGGAUAGCAAAAUACCCAAGAUGCCAUUUCAGCUGAGGCAAAGUGACCCAGAGAGUGACUUUUACAGAGGCAAAGGAGAGCCAGUAACUGAGUUAAGCUGGAACUCUUGUCGUCAACUUCUCUACCAGUCCAUAGCCACUAUUUUGGCUCAUGCAGGUUUUGAGUGUGCCUAUGAGAGUGUCUUGGAGACACUGACAGACAUUGCUCAUGAGUACUGCCUGAAGUUCACCAAGCUUUUGCGUUUUGCUGUGGACCGAGAAGCUCGGCUUGGGCAGACACCCUUCCCAGAUGUCUUGGAGCAGGUGUUCCACGAAGUGGGCAUUGGCAGCGUGCUUUCCCUGCAGAAGUUCUGGCAACACCGCAUUAAAGAUUAUCAUAGCUAUAUGCUACAGGUCAGCAAGCAGCUCUCUGAGGAAUAUGAAAAGCUUGUCAACCCUGAGAAGGCAGCAGAAGACACCAAACCUGUCAAGAUCAAAGAAGAGCCAGUCAGUGACAUCACAUUUCCCAUGAGUGAAGAGCUAGAGGGAGACCUAGCAUCAGGGGACCAGUCUUUGCCUGUGGGGGUGCUUGGAGCUCAGAGUGAACGCUUUUCAGCCAACCUGGAAGCAGAAGCCUCUCCACAAGCUUCAGGUGGUGAAGUGAACACUUCGCCUCUGUGGAAUUUGGCUCCUGUAAAAAUGGAACCACAGGAAAGUGAGGAGAGCAACGUCCAUGGGCACCAUGGGGUCCUGGGCAGUGAUGUGUUUGAGGAGCCCAUGUCAGGCAUGAGUGAGGCUGGCUUGCCACAGAGCCCAAAUGGCUCGGAGAGCAGUUAUGCCUCUCAUUCUCCAGAUAGCUUAAUGGGAUCCUCGCCAGUCUUCAACCAGCGCAGCAAGAAAAGGAUGAAGAAAAUGUGAAUUUGGUGGGCAACACCUUGAACUCAAGAGUGAAAUAGGAUUCUGAUUAAGAUGUUCUGCUUUGAAUUGGAGACAUUUGGAGUGGGGGGGAGGUUGGGGUGUACAAUGCUUUGUCUUCACUGUCCUUCCCACUCCUAUCUGCUUUGAAUAUUCUCUGCAAACCCCAGCCCCAGAAGAAACUUAUAGAUGACCAGAUGGCAUGAAUUGAACUGGCUCUGAAUUCCGACAUGCCAUGAUAAAAUUGGAGGGUUUAGUUAAGCAAAGAUCAUUACACUGGAGCUCUGGUUAUUCUUGCCUAAAACUAGUUGUGGUAGUAAAGUAAGGUUUGUUUCAGAUAAUUAGGAUUUUAUAUAGCAGCGUGAUCAAUGAACUUGUAUUUGGGCAGAUGUUUAAUUUUUCUUGAAAACAGUGCAACUUGUGUUUUGAUGUUUGCUUUCUUUGUAGUAUAAGAACCUUAUGGUAUAAAAGCAACGGCAAUUAUAUAUUUGACAGCUACAUAAUUCUGCAACUAAUGUUUGAUGGAGUCUCUCUUAAAUUGAAUCAAAAACUGCAGGGAAUCUGCAUUGAAACUCAGAACUUACCAAAAAAGUAGAAUUUGAAUUUCUAGCUUUAGGUGCAUUGUUUUUUGUUUGCCAGUAUGAUGGUCACUAUGAUUGUUCCUAAUCAUAGUCCACUAUAUAAGUUUUAUUUACAUGCUUUCAUUAAAACACAUAACUUUGUAAACCAA